AUGCAGCUUCUACUGACAUAUAUUCCUCUGGCGAUUGGCCAACUGGCCAUCGCCAGCGCUGCACAAUCUUCCUCAAUCUCGUCACCUGUCACAGCUACAGCGACACAGUCGGUGCUGUCAGAAGCUACCUCUGCCCUGGCUGCAGCCAAAAGUAACUCUCCUACAUCUUCCAAUGGCAUAACAAGUGUCUUUCAGUAUCUAUUCGGCUCAAUCGACACCCUGGGAGCCGUGAUAGCAAAGGCCACCGCACAAGCCGAGGAACAAUUUCUGAAGCUGGUUGAUCCAGAGCUGUUUUAUUCUUACGGCGGAUCGCCCCCGGUUUAUCCGACACCCGAUGGUGCCGGGUUGGGAGAAUGGGAAAGUGCGUACAAGCAGGCUCGCGCGGUCGUAGCAAAUAUGACCACCGACGAAAAAGCCGGCAUUCUGUAUGGUGCGUUGGACGCAAAGGGGUGCUCGGGCUUCACGGGGUCAGUGUCAAGACUGGGAUUUCCGGGGAUUUGCUUGAAUGACGCCGAGAGCGGCGUGCGCAGCGGCGAGCUUGUUAACGGCUACCCUGCCCAGCUACACAUCGGGGCAUCCUGGAACAGGAGUUUGGCCCUUGAGCGGGCACAACAUGUAGGACGGGAGUUCAAGUCCAAGGGGAUCAACGUCUUGCUUGGCCCUGUCAUAGGCCCCGUGGGAAGAGUGGCCAAGGGCGGUCGCAACUGGGAAGGUUUCUCGAAUGACCCGUAUCUCGCAGGCGAACUGACUGGUCCCACGGUUGCAGGAAUCCAGGAGUCGGUGAUUGCUUGUGCCAAGCAUAUCAUUGCCUACGAGCAGGAAACGAACCGGAUGCCUUUCUUAGCAGGCUUCAUUGGUCUGUUUAACCAGUCGGUCUCAUCGAAUUUGGACGAUAGGACCAUGCACGAGCUCUACCUGUGGCCGUGGUACGAUGCUGUCAAAGCAGGCGUCGGAUCUGUCAUGUGUAGUUACAACAGAAUCAACAACAGCUACGCUUGCCAAAAUAGCAAAGUCUUGAAUGGGUAUCUGAAGACCGAACUAGGAUUUCAGGGAUUUGUGGUGAGCGACUGGUACGGUCAACAUACUGGCACCGCAAGUGCAAAUUCAGGACUCGACAUGGCGAUGCCCAGCUCUCGUUAUUGGGGCCUCUUCCAGCUCAGUACAGCUGUCUCAAAUGGAUCAGUCAAUGCCACUCGUCUUGAUGACAUGGCCACACGCAUUCUCUCCUCGUGGUACCGAUUUGCGCAAUUUGACAAUCCUGGUAUGAGUAACUACGCCUCGGUCGACGCCCGUGAUCCGGCAUCCGAAUCGAUCCUGUUUCAGGGUGCUGUCGAAGGCCAUGUCCUGGUCAAAAACACAAACAACGCAUUGCCGUUGAACAAACUAAAGUCAUUGUCGGUAUUUGGCUAUGAUGCUGACGGUGGCAUGAACACGUCCGCGAGUGACUCGACACUCUACGGAUUCGGCCUUGCGAAUGCCCCCGAGUACACAAACGGCAAGUCAUUCUCUGGCAUUGACAUGCUGUUUUACAUGGGCGCAUUGGUUGCGGAUGGCAACUAUGGCCCUGAUGUGGCCCUCAAUGGGACGGCGAAGACUGGAGGCGGCUCUGGCGCUAUUACCCCUGCUAAUUCAACCUCCCCUUAUGAUGCACUUUUGCAGCAGGCUGCUCAGGAUAAUACUAUCCUCUACCACGACUUUUCCUCGUUUAAUCCGCAGGUCAACGAAACCGACGCGUGUCUAGUAUUUAUCAACGCCUUAUCUUCGGAGUCCUGGGACCGAAGUACCCUUGCCGAUAAUUACAGUGACACACUGAUAUUGAACGUCGCAUCCAAGUGUAACAACACUAUAGUUGUCAUCCAUAAUGCUGGUAUACGUCUCGUUGACCGAUGGAUCGAACAUGAAAACGUGACGGCGGUGAUCUUCGCUCAUCUCCCAGGACAAGAAAGCGGAAACUCCUUAACGGAGGUUUUGUAUGGACGUCAAUCACCAUCAGGAAGACUGCCAUACACUGUGGCCAAGAGUGAGGAAGACUAUGGUACUCUUUUAAACCCAACACUCCCCAACUCGGACCACUUCUUCUACUCACAGUCCAACUUCACCGAGGGCUUGAACAUCGACUACAAAUAUUUUAUCCAAGCCGACGUUACGCCGCGCUUCGCGUUUGGAUACGGGCUGACGUACUCGAAUUUCACAUAUUCAGACUUGAAUGUGGCGAAGAAUAGCACCGCAGACACUUCGUCUUUGCCACCGGAUGCUCUCGCACCGGACCGUGUCUCUCCCGAGGGUGGACUAGCCUCUUUGUACGAUGUGAUUGUUACUGUCGAAGCUACGGUAACCAACACCGGUGGCGUGGCUGCGGCCGAAGUCGCUCAGCUGUACGUUGGUAUCCCUAACAGUGGUCUGCCAAAGGCUCUGAGAGGCUUUGACAAGCAAUUGAUUCAGCCUGGAGAGAGUACCACCGCCUCCUUUCAACUCCGACGUCGCGAUCUGAGUACCUGGGAUACGGUCCAACAGCAGUGGGUGCUCACACGGGGAAACUACACCGUUAUGGUUGGUAAAAGCGUGCUCGACAUUCAACUUAAUGGAACUUUGGUGCUUGAGUAA